GAGAUGUUGUGCUGCGUGGAGCGCAGAAAAAUCGCGUUGCUUUUGUCCAACUACUAUUUUUAUUAUUUAAUGAUUUAAAAAAAAAAAGACAGAAUGUAUUAAAUCGACGUGUCGACCACACUGAAUCCUGUCAUUUUACAACAUAUUUUCAGAAGGUGCAUAUUACACAAGGGGUGUUCAUUAAAAUAUUCGCUGUUUGAGAUGAAGGAUAAGAUGGCCGUCCCUCUAUUUGCUGUGUUGGUGUUGUGUGUGGACACAUGUGCGGUGAUGUGCGUAGGUGCCAUCCAGCUGUCCCCGUCCUUCAUCAAUAACUCCUUUAUCACACUGUGGGCUGGGGGACUGAUCAGAACUUGCCUCCUUCUCUUCCUUGCCUUCACCUUUUCCGGCAGCCCGACAUGGAUGAAAGGGUUCGAGGGUGUGCAGACCGCUGGAGUUCACGGUCUUCUCUACCCAGUGUACAUCACCCUUCUCUGGGCUUGUGGCAGGUCUACUGUGGAGCUGGUAUGGGGUUGGCACACCUGGCAAGGGAUUCUGCAGGGGUAUGUGGUGUUGGCUUUGUCUCUGUUGCUGUGGAAACGCUAUGUGCCCAACAUCCUCCCGACAACCAAAAAGCAAGAAACCCAGCCAAAGGGCAAGGCCUCGCUGCAAAGACUGCUGGGAUACAUGAAGCCUUUCAGAGGGCGCUUUGCAGCCGUCUUCUUCUUUGUGGUUGUGUCUUCAUUAGGUGAAAUGGCGAUUCCCCAUUACACUGGUAAAAUGACAGACUGGAUCAUGAAUGAAGAUGAACCUGAGGCAUUUAAUCACGCUAUCACUGUCAUGACACUGAUGACCGUUAUGAGUGCUGUGUGCGAGUUUGUGUGCGACCUCAUCUACAACAUCACCAUGAGCCGAAUACACACGUCCAUCCAAGGUCUCGUCUUCCAGUCGGUGCUCAAACAGGAUAUCCCAUUCUUCGAUAAAGCUUCAACAGGGGACAUUGUGUCUCGUAUCACAACGGACACCAACACCAUGAGUGAGUCUCUCAGUGAGAAGUUGAGUCUUCUCAUGUGGUACUUCAUGCGUGUCAUCUUCCUUUUCGGCUCCAUGCUGCUGCUGUCCACCAGACUGUCCAUUUUCACCGCUCUCGGCCUCCCAAUCAUCUGGAUCAUUCCAGAAUUCUCUGGCCAGUUCUACCAGAAACUUUCUGUACAAGUGCAAGAGUCUCUCGCCAAGGCCAACGAUGUUGCCACGGAAACAUUCUCUUCCAUUAAGACAGUCAGGAGCUUUGCUAAUGAGGACGGAGAAACUGAGCGAUACAGGAAGCGCUUAGAGGAGACGUAUGCACUGAACAAAGUGGAAGCCGCAGCUUAUGCUGCCUCUACAUGGACCAAUAGUAUGUCCAGUCUGGCUUUAAAAGUCAGUAUACUGUAUUAUGGAGGGCGGCUUGUGACAGGAAGUGAUGUCAGUAGUGGUGAUCUGGUGGCCUUUGUGCUAUAUGAGCUGCAGUUCACGACUGCUGUGGAGGCUCUGAUGUCAUACUGGCCGCAUGUAAAGAAGGCCGUUGGUGCAUCAGAGAAGAUCUUCGAGUAUGUCGACCGUAAGCCUGAUAUUCCUCCUGAUGGAUCACUCGCUCCUCAAGCUCUAAAAGGACAUGUGCAAUUCAAAAAUAUCACAUUUGCUUAUCCAAAGAGACCAGAUACAUAUGUACUGAAGAAUGUUUCUCUCGAGCUGAAGGCAGGUCAGAUCACUGCUCUAGUGGGACCGUCAGGUGCUGGGAAAAGCACAUUUGUGUGUUUAUUGGAGAGAUUUUACCAGCCUAAUAAUGGAGAGAUUUUACUGGACCAAAAACCACUGCUAGCCUACAAAGACCAAUAUCUGCAUGAGAAGAUUAGUGUGGUGUCACAGGAGCCAGUUCUGUUUGCUCGAUCAGUGCGAGAAAACAUCAAAUACGGUAAAGAAAAUGCCUCUGAUGAAGAGAUGUACGCAGCUGCCAAACUUGCCAAUGCACAUGAGUUCAUUUUGAAUACAUUUCCUAAAGGAUAUGAUACAGAUGCAGGAGAGAAGGGCGGUCAAGUCUCCGGAGGUCAGAAGCAGCGUAUCGCCAUCGCUAGAGCUCUGAUUCGACAACCGCAGGUUCUAGUGCUCGAUAAUGCAACAAGCUCGCUGGACACAGAGAGUGAACACAGGGUGUACAGCGCUCUGAGAAAGGACAUGGAGAAAUGCACGGUGCUGCUCAUCAGUAACGGGCUGAGCGGGGUCGAGAGCGCAGAUCACAUUUUCUUCCUACGAGAAGGGGAAGUGGCCGAGCAGGGCAACCACACUGAACUUCUGGCAAAGAAAGGAUUGUAUGCAGAGUUUGUGAGACAACAGAAUGCUUCUAUCCAACGCAAAACAAAGGAUGCCACAAACACCGACCCCUGAUGAACGUCUCCAGCUCUACAUUUAGUCUCGGCUACCAUGUGAUAUCAACAGUGGCCAUGAAGCAGGGAUAGUCGAAUCUUUCUAUUAUUUCUAAUAAUGCAUCAAUACAUAAUCCGCUCAAUCAUAUAAAUGCUAGUCUUUUUUAAUUAGGUGUAAAUAUCAAAAAGAAUAUGUUAGAAUCUCACAAAAUCAUGUCCAGGUUGCAGUUCACCCCAAAAUCGAAUGGGAAAAAAUAAAAAAUAAUAUUUUGCGUUAAGAAAUGAUUUUAAAAAUAAUGUUUCCAGUAUUUUCCAGUUAAUCUCAUUUCCAUUGUUCUCAGUGGUGUUUCUCAUUUCUGUAAUAUUGUAUGCUGAAAUACAAUGUUUUUAGGUACAUAUAUUAAAGCGGAAGAAUGCAAUUUCUGUCACUAGCACCCCGAACGGAAUUGCAAAAAUAAACAAUGUUUUCAAAACAGCUUUCUGAAUAAGUCCCUCGUCUACUGUAGUUCAAACAGUCUGAUAGCCCCGCCCCCAACUCAAGCAAUUGGUUGAGUAACAUUGUUGGGCUGGGUCUAAGUGGGUCACUCAAAACAAACAGUCAUUUUUAUAGCCCUAAAGAGACACAGAGUUUACAGCAUAUGAAUGGCUUACCGU